CCCCACCGGCUGACAUGGUCUGCUUGGUCGUCAAAACCCUGUAACCCCUCUCCACAAAUCUCUUCCUGCGUAGUUUAUAGUGUGUUUUUGGGUCGUACUGCUAGCAAUAAAGCCAAAGACAAAUUUGUCUCUCAAGAACCCUUGACCAAAUUACUGCUUUCAAUCUUAUUUUCCAAGUUUUGACAGAUUUUGGGUCGCCUAUCUGUUUGCCUUGGUGGGGUCUCCUUGAUCAGUUUGUUUUAUUUUUAUUUUUUUAUUACAAAUGGCGUUUGUGGUCCUCCUUUCAUCCCCUGACCUUGAGUUCUCAUCGUCAUUCUUAAGCUAGAGUUGCCCCUUACUGGUUAUUAGGCUUCAAAAACCCUAAUUGAUCUCUCUUGUUAAGCGGGUUUGUUUGAUACGGACGCCUUUUGAUGUCUGUGAUAAUAAAGAUUCUCCGUAAAGCCAAGGUGAUGUGGUAAAGGGGGGUUUUUGAACUCCACUAAGGCUCUUCUAAAUGGCUACAAAUAAUCCUAUUUUUGUAGCUUGGGAGGAGCACAUUAUAAGCCACGAGCGUGGAAACCGCGUGGUUCACUUUUACUUGAAAGAUGUACAAGGGAAAUUAGUCCUUGCAGUUGUUGGAACUGAGAGGAGUAUAAGGCACAUGUUCUAUGUAGUUUCGGAUGACUUGGUGCAGGCAUUUGGGUCCCAGAGAUUCAUCAAUGCAUCCACAAAAUGGCGAGCUAGGCGAGAUGUUGUAGACUGGUUGUCAUCCUUGGUCUCGAGGCAUCAGCCUCCAUUAAAUAUGCAGAUGGAUGACUCAAUAGGGGAGUUAAGAUCUCUUGAAGAAUUAACUACUGAAUUCGGCGCAUAUCAAAACUCUAUGCCAGAUCAGAUGGUUUUGAGGAAACUGAAAGUCCAAAAUUCUGAGAUUGAGUGGUCUGGUGUGGCUUGGAUCUGUGCAAAACAGCUUAAGCACUACCCAGCAUUUCAGAGGAAUGGAACUACCAUAAAUGUUCACUCCUUUGUAUAUAUCAUGGCUGAAGAACAAGGACAUUAUGUUGGAUACUUAGAGGAUAUGUAUGAAGAUAAGAAGGGGCAUAAGAAGGUGAAAGUGCGGUGGUUUCACCACAAUCAGGAAGUUAAGGGCAUAAUUUCUCAGCUGAAUCCACACCCUCGAGAAGUUCUCAUCACUCCUCAUGUCCAAGUGAUCAGCGCAGAGUGUGUUGAUGGUCUGGCAACAGUCUUGACUCCUAGUCAUUAUGAGAAAUGCGUUGUUCCAGACACUUCACCUUGUGGAGUCCAUAUGUGCUUUAGGCAGUUGAAGAACAACAAGGUUAAGACCUUCUCUCUUGCUAAAUUGCGGGGAUACUCAAAUCAGGCAAUCCUCUCUUCUGUAGAUGCUUCAGUUGCUUCCAAGCCUAUAGUCAAGGAACAUAAUUCCAAUGAGGAACUCAUGGAAGAAUUGGCCCAUGACAAUCCUGUCAGGAUGAGUGCUAAGAGAAUUAAAAGUUGCAACAGACAAGUGAAACUUAGAAGUGGCUGCAUAAAUAAUUCGCUAUCUGGGAACCAGAUAAUGAAAGGUGAACCGGCGUACCCGAAGUUGACAUUAAAAAUUUCAAGGAAAACAAUGGGGACUAGGUUAGUUAUUCCCAAGUCACAAUGCCUUUCGUCUUUCAAAGUAGGGGAGAAGAUAGAACUGCUCUGCCAAGAUAGUGGCAUUCGAGGCUGCUGGUUUAGGUGUAAUGUGUUGCAGGUAUCUAUGAAGCGUUUGAAAGUUCAAUAUGACGAUGUGAAGGAUGCUGGGACAUCAGGCAGUCUGGAGGAAUGGGUCCCUGCAUCUAGGGAGGCUGCUCCUGAUAAACUAGGCAUGAGAUGCCCUGGCCGUCUGAGGAUUCGGCCACAGUCUCCUAAGGACUCUUCGAACUGUGUUUUUGAGAUUGGAGCAGCUGUAGAUGCAUGGUGGAAUGAUGGAUGGUGGGAAGGUGUUGUAACUAGAACUGACAUCUACAAGAAUGAUAACCUGCAAAUUUACCUACCUGGCGAGAACAAGUUCCUACCCAUUCAGAGGAAGCAUCUUAGGACUUCCAGGGACUGGGUUGGUGACAGAUGGGUUGAUAUAAAGGCAAAGCCAGAUAUAAUCUCGCAUUUAUCUUCUAAUAAUAGCAAUAGCACAAAACUGCCAAUGCUCUCAGCUAAAACAAAGGCAUCUGGGUAUGGUGGUGCUGCAUCUGGGGAGUGCGGAUUAAUCAGAACUUCCAAACUUGAAGCUGUUGAAGAUGACAAACUGGAGCUGCUUGGUUCCACUGCAUCUGGGGGUUGCAAAGUUAUCAGAACUUUCAAACUCGAAGCUGUAGAAGAAGAUAAACUGGAACUGCUUGGUUCCACUGCAUCUGGAGAGUGCGAAGUAAUCCGAACUUCCGAACUUGAAGCUGUUGAAGAAGACAAACUGGAGCUGCAUGGUUUUGCUGCAUCUGUUGGGUGCGAAGUUAUCAGAACUUCCAAACAUGAAGCUAUUGAAGAAGAUAAACCAGAACUGCUUGGUUCCCCUGCAUCUAAUGACUUGGAGAAUGUGAAGGAAGUCAAUAUGCAAGAGCUGGCUCAUGAUAAUUUAAAAAGCAUGGUUGGAGCUGAUGCUUGUCCAGAUAACAAGGAUGAUGAAAAUGAUGGUUAUCAAGGGAGGAAAGAAAAGGAAGAUGAGAAUGCUAGCAACAAUGCUGAACAGGUUUUGGUGAGUGCACUUGAACUCGGCAAUUUAAAGAACUGAAGUUGGGGAAGGCAGGUAUUAGUGGCCUCGCCUGAGAUUAUACAGUUAGAAAGAGUAAGAGGGGAAUCAGGUGAGGUUUUUUUUUUUUUUUGGUUAACCGUAAAAUUUAAGGCAGUUCCAUAUGAUCUUCUUUUUUUUGUAUAUAAGAUAUAGGAAUUGGCAUAGGAGUAUGCAAAAAGGAUAAUUUUGAAGCUUCUUAACUGCAGAAGACUUGGUAGGAUAUAUAGCAAGGUUUAAGCUUUAGUGGGUUUAAAUCAAUUUGAAACGAUUAGCUUUAUUUCAGUCGGAUGGUGACUGGGUUCACUCCCACAACUGGGAGUUAUUUUGUGUGGAACUGUCUUUUGGAAAGCUUAGCCUUUGUGUUUUACAGUAUAUAGCUGUUUAAUGGGAAGGUUAUAAUCUAUAAAGCUUAUUUCUAUA